CCUCGUGUCGUAAAGUUUCCGGCUUGGAGGAGCCGGUGUUGCCGCCAAGCGCGGUCGCGGCUGUGUCUCGGCGGUUUUGCGACAGUGCCGUGCUCAGAGAGGCAGGAUGGCGGCGACGGCAGUGCUAGGAGCGAGUGCGGGGCUGGAGGCUCGGAGCCCGGACUGGACCUGCCAGGCGGAGACCACCGGGACAACUAUCAUGGCUGUGGAGUUUGACGGGGGUGUUGUCAUUGGUGCUGACUCCAGGACCACCACGGGUUCAUACAUCGCCAACCGAGUCACGGACAAGCUGACCCAGAUCCACGACCACAUUUUCUGCUGCCGGUCAGGCUCCGCGGCUGACACCCAAGCCAUUGCUGAUGCUGUCACGUACCAGCUUGGCUUCCACAGCAUUGAGCUGGACGAGGGCCCUCUGGUGCACACAGCGGCCAACCUCUUCAAGGAGAUGUGCUACCGCUACCGAGAGGACCUCACUGCGGGCAUCCUCGUGGCUGGCUGGGACAGACGCCAAGGGGGCCAGGUCUACUCCGUCCCCAUGGGGGGGAUGAUGGUCCGCCAGCCCUUCUCCAUCGGGGGCUCCGGCAGCUCCUACAUCUACGGCUUUGUGGACGCCUCCUACAAGCCGGGCAUGAGCAAGGAGGAGUGUCUGACCUUCGCGGCCAACGCCCUUUCCCUGGCCAUGGACCGCGACGGUUCCAGCGGGGGCGUCAUCCGCUUGGCGGCCAUCACGAAGGAUGGCGUGGAGCGCAAGGUCAUUUUGGGGAACGAGCUGCCCCGGUUCUCCCCCCUCUGAUAAGAGAGGGGCUGGCGGGGGGUGGACUGGGGGACACGCCCUCCUCUCAAAUCUUGAAUUAAAAUCUGGGAGUCGGAA